AAAGGACAGUUUCCAAUAUUAGAAGACUUACACCCUUAUCUAAUAAUUUAUUUAAUACAUAUGUAGUCUAAACUAUGCAAUAUAUUUUUGUAACUACAAUUACAUCCAAUCUACCAAGCCUUCAAAAAACAAAACGAAACAUCGCCAGUAUUAUCCUUACCCACCCCUCGUUUUCACUGCUAAUCUCCAGCUCUCUGAGACUGCUCCCAUAAACAUUACAGGAUCUAGCAUCCAAUCGGUGGAAGUAAAAUUAUAAACAUCGACUCUUUCCUUGAUCGAUUGAAAAGACCUCCCUUGAACAAGAUCAAAAAGCCUAUCCACAUCUAGUACGUUGUUUCUGAAUACCUUCCCAUUUCUUGCAGGCCAAAUGGUCCAAACAGCCAGUCUAAAAAACGUACUGUCAGCUUGAGAGCUAUAUUUGAGCGCAAUAAGGAAAUAAAAUUCUUUAGGAUAAAACUAGUUUGAUUAGACCUGUCUUCUACAAUACUCUAGCACAUUCUAGUCUUCACAAAUGGGGAAGGCCUAUCCUGUCUUGCCUCUAGGUUUUCUGAAGUUUUGGGCUGCGCCUCCGGUGCUCGAUAUGGUCCCUCUUGCUGACAAUGAGGGUUUGGUGAUCUCUAUGGAGGUGCAGGUUGGGUGUGUCCGUCAGGAUUCUCGUCUUGCUGUCAGCGGCUUGAUGUUUUUGUGUGUAUGUUUAGAUCAAGGAAAGUGAAUGGCAAGAGGGGAGGAAAAGGAUUUUCGUCAAAUCUAUAACUCUGUUUUGCGUGUAUUUAUUUUUUGUGUAAUGAUAAGUACAUUAAUAUGCUAAAAUAUGUGUUCUUUUUAUCAGUUCUACAUUUAUUUAUUGUUAUAUCACAUAUCAAUCAAUAGAAUCUCAAUAG